CUGAUCAUUGUGACCUGUAAUCCAAAAAUGGCAGGAAAGAAUGCUGAAAGUAAGCCAGUGCCAAAUACUUACUGUGACUUCUGUUUGGGAGAUGCUGCCAACAACAAGAAGACUAACAAGCCAGAAGAACUCAUCUCAUGUACAGACUGUGGCAGAUCAGGCCAUCCCUCGUGUCUCCAGUUCACCCCAAAUAUAAUGAUGUCUGUGAAGAAGUAUCCAUGGCAGUGCAUUGAAUGCAAGACGUGUAGAUUUUGUGGUACUUCAGAAAAUGAUGAUCAGUUGUUGUUCUGCGAUGACUGCGACCGUGGAUACCACAUGUAUUGUCUGACUCCAAAAUUGCAGGAGGCACCCGAAGGUAACUGGAGCUGUCAUCUGUGUACGAAAGAGAUUCACGGUGAAAAGAAAGAAAAUGAAACGCAGUGAAGAAAGGAUCUGAUGAAUAUUCAUAUGAAACUCACAAAUUAUGUUUUCCAAUUUAGUAACUAUCUACUGUAUUUAAUCUAACUUUUAAAUAACGUUUUCUAAGUGUAAAUAAAGGGAGAUAAUUAUGCUGAUGGGGAGAUUAUAGGUAAAGCUUUGGUAUACGCCUCUGGACAUUGCAUGAAUGAUCGUUCGCGUGUUACUCUCGGAAGCAGUUUAGGGUUUAAGUUUAAAACAUCAUUGUCAUGUGGCAAAUGUGUUAUCUGAAUUUGAUUUUGCAUUCAUAAAUUCUUUACUCAAAUUUUCCGUUCUUGAUAACCUGCCUUGACUGGUGCAAAUUAUUAUGUUCGUUCUAAAUGUAAGUACUGUAAUAGUAAUGUAAAAAUAUAAAAUUGUUUAUACAAAUGUAUUAUAAUAAGAUAAUGGGAAUCACUCAUGAAAAAAUAAUUACAAGUGCAAACACUAUA